CUCUCUCUCUCUCUCACCCCAUCCCGAGGUGAAGCCAUGCCGGGGAGGCGAGCGCAACCCUCAUCCGCCAUGAGAGGCAUCUCCAACCGAAGCCGAUUCGAGAGCUUCCUCCACCACACACUUUCCGGCCGCGCCCGCCCCGAUCCCAGUCGCCGCCGCCACCUCCUUGCCUCCAUCCCCCGGCAACCGUUCCCCCUCCCCGCCUCCGCCGCCGCCACCGACGACGCCCUUCUCGCCUCCGUCAAGGAUCUCCGGACCAGAAGGGUCUUCUCCCCCGCCUCCAUCCCCAUCGAGACCCCCCCUGAUUCGAUGGCCAGGAACAAGCCUGACGACGAUCGGAAGGAUGGGAUUGACCAGUCGGAGAAGGCGGUGACUGAAGAUGAGAGGAAUGGAGAAGCUGACGAGACCUCGACGGGAUCCGGUGGGCCUGAUGAUAAUUUAGUCCAGAGUACACCACCUGAUGGAAUCAUCUCCUUGGGUGUUGAUACGGCUCCUGGAGAACGAGAAACGGAGGCUUCUCCUAACGAUCAACAGACCGAUAACUUGGGGUCAGAUAUAGGUUCUGGAGAUCGAUCAAUUGGGAUUUCUCCCAACGAUCAAAGGGCCGAUGUGAAGUUGGAUUCGGGUAACCCUCCAAAGAGGAGAGAAGGACUUGCUCCUUGCUCACGUUCGAAGCUGUUUAGGAAUCCAAGUUCUUUUAGCUACAGAAGAUUGCUGCCAUUUCUUAUGGAUCUAGAGAAAGAGAAUUCAAGUGGUUUAAAAAUCCUUCCUUGCCAGAAUGCUGCGGAAAAACUAGUGGAAGAAGAGCCAAAACCACUACAUGUGGAUACUUUGUCCAAACAACAGAUUCAGUUGGGAAGCUCUGAGGGUUCCUUGACUGAAAAAUUGAGCGACACUUGGAAUUUUGUUGAAAAUCCAGUCAGUGAAAGUCCUUCUUUGAAACCUACUGGAGAUGAUGUUUAUGAUACAACAAGAAUGGUAUCACCACUGCCAGAUUCAUUCAAUGGAAGAGCAAUGCAGGUUGAUGAGGUUAAGUCAGAAACAUAUUUUGCCGAUCCUAUUCUUGAAUCAGAGAUGUUACAUAAGUCAUAUCUGUCUUCUCCCAUCAUUCAUGAAGAUCUAUCAGUUGAUGAGUUGACUGGUAAUGUGCAAGCCCUUCCAUACCUGCCAGCAAAAGUUGAUGUGGACUGCAGAAUGAUGCUGCCUAUGUUGAAUAUGGAUCAGAAGCCUCUUCAAAGAGAAUCUCAGCUGGAGGUCGUCCAUUCUGUGGCAAGGCAUGCCCUUGCUCCAAAAAGAGGGAUUUUAAAGAGAUAUGGGAGAGGAUGCAAAGGUAUCUGCAUGUGUUUGGAAUGUGCCACUUUUCGUGUCCAUGCAGAUAGGGCAUAUGAGUUCUCCAGGAAGCAGAUGGACGAGGCAGAUGAAAUCAUAGUAGGACUAAUAAAGGAGCUGGCAAAUCUCAGAAAUCUGGUGGAUAUAUAUGCUGUACCAACAGUUGGUGGGGGAAGCUCCACAAUUCUUCAACUCAAUCAGGACCUGCUAAAAGGAGCUUGCCAAAGAGCUUUCAGAGCAGAGGAAGUAGCAAAUAACCAUCGCAGAAAAAUGUUUAAUGACCUCAACAUACACUGCAAAAUCCCUGGGCCAGGGGCGACUUUUACAGAAUGUGUUGAAGAAAGGAUCACUCCAUUAUGUGACAGCAGCAAUAGUAGGUAACAGGGGAAAAUGUUAUCUUUAUGCCGUGUUUUCCUUCUCUAAGUUUCUGCAAUGACUGAAGGAUACCUUUGUGUGUAUUGCCAUGGAAAACUCGAUGCAAAACCAGAGUUACAAAACUGUACCAGCAUUGAGAUCAGCUACCAUAAAAUGGGCUUUUGGGGUUUCCUCUUAUACGAUGCUAUAAAUUUGAACAUGAUCUA